GUCCUGUCCUGACUCCCCUAGGGAUGAGCUACUGUUCCCUGGAAGUGUAUGUAGCACGCAGCCUCCAGUCCAGGAUGCUCCGUCACCUGUUCCCUGACUCUGCUCUGGCCUGGCCCAAGAGCAAAACGAAAGCCUGGAAUUGAUGAUGGUGCAGAGGAAAACGGUAGCCAUCAGACCCUGAGCAGCAGACAGAAAGUGGACCCGCCCCUCCUACCACAGCCCCAGGCUCAAGUGGGCGGAGACAGGGUGUGGAGGACAGCAGGUGCACAGGUCAGUUGCACCCAAGAACAGAACUUCCUCCAGCUACCCUUGAAGGUUGGCUUCCAGCUCAGGGGUCCUCUGCCUGUCACUCACGAAACACUGGGAAUGUCUUCAUUCUUGGGAGAUAUGCCUCGAGAUACGAAGUCACAGACUUUCAAACUGCUGGAGUCUCAGGGAACACUCUGGCUUUGACCAGUCCUGUGAGCAACAGCAUCCGUUGUGUGGAUUACCGUGAAACAGGGUUGACCUCUCUUCACAUUGGUGGGUUGGAGUAGCUCGCCCCUCCUGCCAUGGGACUCUCCCGGAAGGAACGGGUCUUUGUAGCCCUCUUGGGGAUCGCAGCAGCCUCGGGCCUCACCAUGCUCCUACUCGUCCUGGUGAAGGCCACCAACGUCUUCCUGCCUGCAGACACCAAGUUUGGAAUCGUGUUUGACGCUGGCUCCUCCCACACAUCCCUGUUUGUGUACCAGUGGCCAGCAAACAAGGAGAAGGACACCGGAGUAGUCAGUCAGACCCUGGCUUGCCAGAUAGAAGGACCUGGGAUCGCUUCCUACGCCUCUGACCCAACACAGGCUGGGGAAAGUCUGAAGAGCUGCCUGGAGGAGGCGCUGGCAUUGAUCCCACAGAGCCAGCAUCAAGAGACGCCCACAUUCUUGGGGGCCACCGCAGGCAUGAGGCUGCUCAGUCAGAAGAACAGCUCUCAGGCAAGAGACAUCCUAGCUGCAGUCUCCCUGACACUAAGCAAGUCUCCUGUGGAUUUUUGGGGUGCCGAGAUCCUGGCUGGGCAGGAUGAAGGUGCCUUUGGUUGGAUCACUAUCAACUAUGUCCUGGGACUGCUCCUCCAGUAUUCCUCUGGACAGUGGAUUCUGCCUGAAGAGAGGAUGCUGGUUGGUGCUCUGGACCUGGGUGGAGCCUCCACCCAGAUCAGUUUCGUGCCUCAGGGCCCCAUCCUGAACCAGAGCAACCAGGUUACCUUCCGGCUGUACGGGGCCAACUACAGCGUCUAUACUCACAGCUACCUCUGUUUUGGGCGGGACCAGGUCCUGAUAAGGCUCCUGGCUGAGCUGGCACAGCAGAACAGCUCAGCACCCCGGGUCCAACACCCAUGCUACCAUAGCGGCUACCAGGCCACACUGUCACUGGUCCCGCUGUAUGAGUCGCCCUGUGUCCACACUACAGAUUUCCUGAACUUCACACAGAACCUCACGGUUGAAGGGACAGGCAACCCCAGGGACUGUGUGGCGGCCCUCCGAAAUCUCUUCAACUCCUCCAGCUGUAAGGACCAAGAUUGUGUUUUCAAUGGAGUCUACCAGCCUCCUGUACAUGGCCAGUUCUAUGCAUUUUCCAACUUCUACUAUACUUUCCACUUCCUGAACCUCACCUCCAGGCAGCCACUAAACAUGGUCAAUGAAACCGUGUGGAAGUUCUGUCAGACACCCUGGAAACUGGUGGAAGCCAGUUACCCCGGGCAGGAACGCUGGCUACGGGACUACUGUGCCUCAGGCCUGUACAUCCUUGUAUUGCUGCUGGAGGGCUACAAAUUCAGCGAGGAGACCUGGCCCAACAUCCAGUUCCAGAAGCAGGCAGGGGGCAUGGACAUCGGCUGGACCCUGGGCUACAUGCUGAACCUCACAGGCAUGAUUCCAGCGGAGGCACCGACCCAGUGGCGGGCGCAGAGCUACAGCAUCUGGACAGCCGGAGUGGUGUUUGCAGUGCUGACCCUGGUGGCCAUUCUAGGAGCAGUUGCAGUCCAGCUCUUCUGGACCCAGGACUAGGGGAAACCAAGCGGAAAUAGAUCACAGGCUGCUCCGCAUCGAAAGCAGGGACAGCGUUCGGAUGCAGCGGCCACAGUAUAAAAGUCUGUGUUGUCUACCUUGUGAGCCACCAUCAACCAUCAGGAAAGGAAGCCUUUGGCACACAGGACCUACUGGGCACAUCUUGGAUGCCUGCCCUCAUGAACCCCUGACCUUUUAGGGCUCCAGUCCAUCAAGCAGACCAAGUGGGCCAAUUCCUGAUAGUACUGACUCCCCUCUGCCCUCAGGGUGGCUCUAGCUAUGGGGUGUGUAGUCUUCUAAGGGAUGGUAACAGGAAGGCUCUGGGAAGGGGCAGCUGUGGGACAGGGCGACCACUGAAGGCUGUGGCCAGCCCAGCAGGACUAGGGCUACCUCAGAGGGCUGUGGCCAGUCUAGCAGGAUUAGGGCUACCUCUGUAGGCGUGGCCAGCCCAGCAGAAGCCCCUGCUUCCUCGCUAUAAUCAAGCUAGACCAGGCAGCCAGAAUCCAGGUCUGUGGGCCAGCCAGCUUCCCUCUGCCAAAAACUUUUGGUUGGAUCCUCUUUAUCAACCCCAGGAGAUAGACCACACAGGGAUGAGGGGGAUAGUUUGAUCUUCUUUAUCAACCCCAGAAGGCAGACCACACAGGGAUGAGGGGGAUAGCUUUUUGUUUGUUUAAAUUAAAAGUGAUCUUGUCACAA